AACUACAGCUUGACUGACAUGACAAAAAUAUUGCGAAAGAAAAAUUUAAUAUAAAUUCUACAUAAGUCAAUCUUUAAAUGAUCGAAAUCGAUGCUGCAUCAACCUAAAAAUAGCGUACAUUACUAUUCGGCAACGGACGUUUAUAUACGCCCACAUUGGAAAACUCGCUGAUCUGAUUGGAUGAAAUGAGUGUCACUCAAUGACAACAGCUCCGUGUUUGGUGAUUUCACUGUUGAUAGUUCCUGAUGCCUUGUUGCUGAAGCUAGUCUGAGGCGUUGAACGCUUUUAAAUCUGAAGUUAGGUUAAUGCCUAAUAUCUAUAUUUGCAUCUCAACGUCAGGCCCCCACACAGCAUCUUCUGGAUGUCCAAAUACAAACUCUUCCUCCUCAGGCAUGGAGAAGGGGCCUGGAACAAGGAGAACCGCUUCUGCAGCUGGGUCGACCAGAAAUUAAGCGAGAACGGGGUGCUGGAAGCCCAAGAAUGUGGCAGGCUGUUGAAAGAUAAUGGGUACCAGUUUGAUCAGGUAUUUACAUCCAUACUGAGUCGCUCCGUUCAGACGGCCUGGUUGGUACUGGAGGCCAUGGGACAAGAAUGGGUCCCGGUCACCAAAUCCUGGAGGCUGAACGAAAGGCAUUACGGUGCCUUAAUCGGCCUUAACCGGGCCGAGAUGGCGUUGAACCAUGGUGAGGACCAGGUAACACUGUGGAGGCGUAGCUAUGAUGUCACUCCGCCUCCUAUUGAUGAGUCACAUCCCUAUUAUGCUGAAAUUUAUAAUGAUCGCAGAUACGGUACGUGUGAUGUUCCGAAAGAGGAACUACCCAAAACCGAAAGUCUGAAGGAGGUGUUAGACCGACUGCUUCCUUACUGGAAUGAUGUCAUCGUACCGGUGAUCAAGAGUGGCCAAACUGUCCUCAUAUCUGCACACGGCAACAGCUGCAGGGCCCUGCUUAAACAUUUGGAAGGUAUAUCAGACACGGAAAUUGCCAAGGUAACCUUGCCGACCGGAGUACCAGUCUUUCUUGAACUGGAUGAGGAUCUUCGACCCGUGAAACCUCGUCAGCUCCUGGGUGACCAGGCCAAAAUCCAGGCAGCUAUCAAAAAGGUGGAGGAUCAAGGCAAGGCUUAUACAGGAAAUAAAUAAGGAUGUUCUUGUGAAAAAAAAGACGUGCAAAUAACAAUUCAGACAGAAAGGUUAUAGGCACCUGUUCAUUAGGUCGUAAAGCACUGGAUUAACAACAUAUUUGAAGGAAUAUUGCAUCAUGUAAAUAAUGGGUUCUGAUUUUAGUAGUAUCAAAAAGUGUGUACAAGUACCUACAAUACCUGUACAAGUCUUCAAAAAUAUCUGGAAUACAAGCACUGGUUACUGAUGCAAAAUGCACCAUUCAUUUUUUUAUGCAAUGAGGAUUGCAAACCAAGCAAAUGCCAUAUUAGACACUGAUAUAAAUUAAUCUUAAAGGAAAACACCACCGUUUUUCAAUAUUUUACUAUGUUCUUACCUCAAGUUAGACGAAUUAAUACAUACCUAUCUUUUUUACUGCGUGCACUUUUAAUUGUUGAACAGCGCGUCGUUAAUGUGUUAGCAUUUAGCCUAGCCCCAUUCAUUCCUAUGGCUCCAAACAGGGAUGAAUUUAGUAGUCACCAAACACUUCCAUGUUUUCCUUAUUUAAAGACUGUCAUAUGAGUAGUUAUACGAUAAAGUAUGGGGGCAAAAAAUAAAACUUUUGUUUGGAGCCAUAGGAAUGAAUGGGGCUAGGCUAAAUGCUAACACAUUCAAGAAGCGCUGUACAAAGAUUAAAAGUGCACGCAUUGAAAAAAUAUUGGUAUAUUUUAAUUCAUCUAAGUUGAGGUAAGAACAUAGUAAAAUAUUGAAAAAGGGUUGUGGUUUCCUUUAAAGGGGUAGUUCAACCAAGAACGAAAAUUCUCAUCAUUUACUCCCCCUUGUGGAAAUAUUUGGGUGCCGUCCACUGUGUGCAUGUAAUGAUGGACAGAAUUUUCAUUUUUGGGUGAACUAUCCCUUUAACUGUAUAUUUAAUGAAAUAUGCUGGUGUUUUUUGUUGGCUCUUGCUUCUUUUUUAGACUACAGAAAAUCAGUGGUGCCUUCCUCUUGAAAAAAUAGGAUCUAGCAAUCUGCCGUACAAAAGCAAAACACAGUAACUACUACAGUAACAUCAACACUGAAACGAAGUAAAGUUAAUAACUGCAAUUUUUUUUACUAAGCAAAACUGAGCCAAAGGUGUCUGUAACAUAGAAGACCAGACUAUAGUCAUAUUUGAUGAAGCAGGUUGUUGUCAUUGUAGUUGCUGUGUUUUCACUGUGUUGCAUUGCUGAGAUUUUGAUGAAGGAAUAUCUGUUAUUAACAAAAAAAAAAAUGAAGGAACUUCUUAUAAUAAGGAAUUGCUUAAUAUUCCUUGUAAUAAGAGAUUAUGAUCUUAUCCCUGCACAAAUCAAUAUGGGUCACUGAGUGUGCAGAGUUAUCUUGAUAUUGCACUUGCUGUCUUGCUUUUUAAAGGCACAGAUUUGGCACCAACUCCAAAAACAUUUAAAUGUUUUAUGAUUUUGUUAUUCUGUCAAAACGUAUGUUUAGGAAGCAAGACCCUGUCUGUGAUAUCCAGGCUAAAGUCUCAUAUAUGAGUCUAUAUAUGAGAUUAGGAGCAUUUUGAGGAUUGAUUUUCAAUCCUUACUUGGACAAUAUUAAAGAUAUUUAGGUUAUAUUUUCACACAAUGUUCUUUUUAUUAUGUAGGAUGGUUUUAUGUUAACAGUAACAGUAAAUCACAAAAAAGUGACUUUAGCUAGGUUUCGCAGACUGGAUCACAUGUUUUAUUGUUUAAUUGCACCGUUUGUUCAAUUUUAGCCAGUAUUUUAAAAGCAUAAUUAUACGAAAAAGAAUUUGCUUUAUUAAAUGUAUUUAUUAAACAAAACAUGAAGUUAAUAUGGGUUACGACUAAAUUAGGGCUGCAUAACGAUUAAUCAUGACUAAUCGUUUGCAUAAUAAGUUUUGAAUGCAUCAUAUAUGUAUAAUAAUUAUGCAUAUAUAAAUACACAUGAAUGUAUAAGAAAUAUUUACAUGUGUAUAUAAAUUUUUAUAUUUAUAUGUAAUUUAUAUUAUAUAUAAAUAUUUAAUCUGUAAAUAAUAUAGUAUUACGUGUGUGUAUUCAUAGAAACAUAAUUAUUAUACACCGUUCUCACAAAUAUAUAAUGUAAACAAAAACUUUAUUCUGCAAACGAUUACUCGAGAUUAAUUCUUAUGCAGCCCUAGACUAAAUUAUAUACCACUAGUUUUAUUUGCUGCAUCAUGAAAUGCUAUGCUGUUCACUUCAGUAGUGAGUAACACUUGCACCAUAUUUGUCAUCUGAAAUAAGCAUUGCAAUAUCUGUUUAUUAAGUGUAUUUAAUGUGUAAUGUCUAUUUAUUACUGUACUGUAUUUUAUCAAAAGGGAAAAUGUUACAUAUUUGUGAAAAUAGGUCAUGGUGUGUUCUAGUGUUACGUGUUUAUGUUGACUAUACUCCUGUCCUGUCUGACUACUAUGAUGCAAUUGUGGCAUAUUAUUGCUCAUCUUACUUUUAUAAGCUUAUAGUUUCUGUUUUACCACCUAGCAACACAGGCCUUCACCAUCAAUCAACUAUUUUUUGUUAAACCGUUACAUAAAUACAUAAUAAAAAGAAUAAAAAUUAUAAAUAUAUAUAAAUAA